AUAAAAACACUGUCAAUUAGCACCAGAAUUUCAAUGACACUAAUCGACUGUCAUGCUUCAAGUGAGUUAAUUUUCAGAAGGUCGAUUGCACAAAGGUUUUAAAGUUUAUACUUUAUGUUGCAUUUGCAUCAAAGUUGUUCAAAGCUAUGGAAUCACCAAUGUUUCCUUCUGACAAUCACAAUCAGUACUGCACAACGCAAAAAUCUCACGCUCUUGUCACUUCCUCCUUGACGCAUAGUCACCGGUGCAAAAUGUAAGUCGCGUACGUAAUUAUCCUGUUUUUGUGAAGACUACUGACAAGAGAUACAAAUUAACAGUGUUGCCCACACUGAUACCCAGAGAGCUGAUACCAUGCAUCCCCCCUCCCUUUCCACAGAGAAAAAUAAAUGCUUUUCGUUCCUCUCCCCUCCGUGAAGCUUGCCGUCGCAAGGGCGAUGAUCGUUUGUUAUGAUAGAAAUUCGCAGCUCCCGUUGCCAAUUGUGACAUAUUGAAGUCCCUGGAUUAUCAUUGCAAGUGCAUUGCAAAAGCCUGGUGCGUCAGUAUUUCCCAGCAGGCGAUUGACCAGUUUGACGUAAAGCCUUUAUUCAAAUCGUGGAAUGUUAAUGCACUAAUGCCGCCUUAAGUAAUUUUCUGGAAGAAAAUAUGCUUCUAAAGUGUAGUUAGUGUUCAUUGAGCACGUAGUCGUUAUUUUAUUGCUAAUUAUCUUGAACAUUGAAGAUAUUUGGAAUAUAUGGGUGAAAUUUACCUGUUAUAUACAAAUGAAUUGAUGCACCCAGUCUGGGAAUGAAAUAUUUUAGAUCAUAAUUGGGUUAUCUAAGAUUGUGUUUUUGUGUCGUUUGGUACUUAUGAACCUGUGAUAAAUGGCCUACUGUUGACAUGACAAGAGGCAUUGGAAAAGAUACUUUAUGGCUCACUGUACUUUUGUGGAUGUUUGUGGAGUCUCUCAGUGAUAAUGUAUGGGGAUAUCCUGGACAAGGUUAUUAUAUUGAAGUAGAGAUUGGCUCUCCACCUCAAAAACUGAAUGUUUUAUUGGAUACUGGUAGUGCCAAUCUUGCUGUUGCUGCUGCCCCUCUCUCAAAUGACUUAGAGGACCUUGCCACAAGGAUAUCAAAGACCUAUGAAGCCACAGGACAGUCUGUGUCAGUUACUUACACCCAGGGAACAUGGCAUGGUAUGCUUGGCAGUGACCUAGUGCAAGUGCCUAGUGUUCAUGCCUCUCGAGGAAUCAUGGGGCUGGGCUAUGGGGUUCUUGCCCAGCCGCGUGGCACCACCACGUCUUGGCUGACUGCCAUUUCCCCCAGUGCCUUCGCACUUCAGUUGGGUUGCUCUUCUGAAGAAAACUCAAUGGAGGUGCACGGCGUUCUGGAAAUAUUACAUCCUCCAUUUCCCAAGCCACCAUUUUGUGCCACUAUUAUUCGAGAAUGGUUCUAUGAAGUCAUCGUCACUGGAGUCUGGGUUGAUGAUGUAGCUGUUAAUAUACCUUGUGAGGAAUUUAACAAUGAUAAAAGUAUUGUAGACAGUGGUACAACAAAUCUUAGAUUUCCCAGAAAGGUUUUUCAAGAAGUAGUAAAGAUGAUUAAUAAUUCUGUGAGAUCACAUGGGAUAAAUAUAUCAGAUGCUUUUUGGAAUCAGGAAAGUGUUGCCUGUCUUGACACAAAGCCAGAGACAAUCUUUCAGCUAGCUUCUUGGUUAGCACGUGAUGGAUGGAGAGUAUUUCAAUUAUGUUUUCUAGAAGGACUUAAAGUAAUAUUUGAUCAAACAGUAGAAGUAUUUCCACAUGUAUCUCUUAAUAGUGUGUUUCAUGUGAUGUCAGAUCCCAUGAACUGUGUUCAUAGAGAUGAUGUAGCUAGUGCUCUGACUGCAAUUUCUGUCACAAUGGAGUGUAAACAGCAUACUUUCCUAAGUGUGGCAGCUAUUAUUGUGGCAUACUUGGCAUGUUCUCGUUUUCUUCAUCCUUAUCUCUGCCCAGUCAAGUCACAGUGGCCACGUCGUUCUAGAAGCAGAAGAGAGUUGUUGCCAGGAUCAAGUGAUCUUGAUUUAACAACUGCAACAUAAAUUAUAUUAUUAAUCAAAUCCCACGAUUAAGAACAUUCAUUGGCUGUGAUAUGAACAAGUUUCUGAUUACUUCAAUUCUGCUUAGUACAUUGUAGUUAAGUGUUUUAUUUCAUAAUUAUUUUAUUUCUGACCAUUUUGUAUUGUAGUUUAUGUUUUUUCCAUGCUGUACAGUUCUCAUUAAUGUCCUCAUAACAAUUUCGUUUUCAGUAUUCCAUGUUGAUGAUUGAAACAUUUAUAGAUGGAAUAUAUGUGACUAAAAAAAAUCAUAGACUUCUUCAGAUCCUUUGAUAGUAAAAUGAAAUACAACCAAUAGUCAGGGAAUUAACAAUUUAUUCCAAUAGACACAAUUUGUUUGAAAUUCUUAUAAAAAUAAUCCAUUCUUAAAAUCUCCAUUGUUAGACAGUGUUGUUUUCAAGUUUGGUUUUUGCAGUGGAGUUUUGUAGUUGGACAUGUAAUGUAAAAUAAAACAUUUUGUGAAUACUUCUUAAUGCUCAGUAUAUGAUAUGCAUUGUUCUUGCAUUUCUACAGCUUUUCAUUGUUGUGUAAAUAAAUUAAUGUUUUUUUAAAACUGGAAGAAUUAUCUCUGAAAUAUUAAUUAAUAAAAAAUAUAUUUUCUUUAAUCUUUCUAUUUUAUUUUAGUAUUCACUCCU